CAUGGCGGAGGAUACAGUGUAAGUGAGCAGCAGCAGCCGCGGAGUUACGUGAGUUUUCCCUCGCAGGAGAGUCGCCCGCCAGUGCACUGAAAGAUUCAUGAGCAGGGGAAAUGUGUUCGGUCGAAGCGCACUCGGAGAGGGAUCACAGCGCGAGCCCAGCCGCCUCACACGGGUAAGAUGGGAACAUGAGUCGCUGUUUAGUGCAGUCAACAGCCUUGGGCAACAAAUAUGGCUCCUUGUGCCUGUUUCGGCGUUUGUCUCAAAUUGGUCCAAUAAUGCCGCGGCUCGCGCCAAGUCCUGCAAGCAGCGAUAAGUUGACUUCCCGUAUCGCUCGGUACUUGUGAUCUGUGUGGACAUUUGGGUCGUCUCGGAGGGUUAGCUGGGAAGCUACGGAACUACGGCGGGUAGCAAUGGAGCCAAAGCACAAAGAGUUGCUCGACCAGUGCCACCAGAACUUGCUGGAGUCCAUCAAAGAUGCGGACCGAGUCAUCGAGCUGCUCAUCGUCUCCGGUGCCUUGAGUCAGCUGGAUCGGUUCGAACUGGACCAGAACUGUUCGUCCAGCGCCGAGAAGGUGGAGCACCUUUUGAAGAUGCUGAUGAACAAGGAGAGCGACCAUUUCCUCGACCUGUGUGUGGCCCUGGAGAAGGCGUACCCUGACCUGCACACGGCCCUGUUCCACAGCACCAACGGAGGGGGACCUGUGGACCACUCCACCGGUUCCACCUACAGUGUUCUGUCCACCAUGCCAUCAGACUCAGAAAGCAGCAGCUCAUUAAGUAGUGUCGGUUCACCUGUCAACGGUGAAGCUUCCUCUCCUCCACCAGCCAUCAACGACAACAGACCAUCCGGCGACAACCUGGACACCAUCUUGAUCCAGCUCCGCCAAGUGACCAGGGAGAGGGACGAGCUCCGCAAGCGCCUGGCGUUGGCAUCGCCCGGGACCACCUUUGACGACUGCAGGCCAAAUUCCAAAGCCAGCCACGACUAUGAGCGUUUAAAGAGUCAGUGUGUGAAGGCCAUGACAGAUCUCCAGUCACUCCAGAACCAACACACCAAGACACUGAAGAGAUGCGAGGAGGCUGUGAAGGAGGCGGACUUCUACCACAUGCUUCACAGUCGGGUUUUAGGGGAGCAAACGCAGUUGAAGGAAGAGAUGGAGACGCUCCGGAGGGAAAACUCUCAACUAGUCCGGGAACAUAAUCACCUGAAACAGAGCUGUGAGGAGCUGCAGCGGCUGCACGGUCAAGACCAGUCAGAGUUGGCUGACCUCCGUGCACAACAGCAGCAGGUAAUGCGGGAGAAGGGAUCGUCUGAGGUGUUGAACAAACUGUACGACACGGCCAUGGACAAACUGGAAGGCGUGAAGAAGGACUAUGAUGCGCUCAGCAAGCGCUACAGCGAGAAAGUGGCCAAUCACAACACCGACCUGAGUCGUCUGGAGCAGGCGGAGGAGGAGAACCGGCGGCUGCAGAAGCAGAUGGACGCGCUCCUGAAGCAGCGCGACUCGGCCAUGCACUACCAGCAGCAGUACUCCACGUCCAUGAGGAGGUUUGAUUCAGUGCAACAGGAGCUCAACAAAUCCUCAGCCCAGAACAAGGAGCUUCAGAGAGAGAUGGAGCGGCUGCAGUCAGAGGUGACCCGCUACAAGAACCUGCAGCUGAAGGCAGCCAAGGACUGUGAGAAGUACAAGGAGGAGAGGGACUCGGUGUUCAAUGAGUACCGGCUCAUCAUGAGCGAGCGCGACCAGGUGAUCAAGGAGGUGGACAAGUUGCAGACGGAGCUGGAGGCGGCCGAGGCCAGACUCAAAAACACAUCAUCAGAGAGAGUGGUGGCGAGUGAAGAGCUGGAGGCACUCAGACAGGAGUUGAACUCUUCCCUGGUUGAUCGGGACAGAGCCAUCUGUGAGAGGAACGAGCUGCUGGAGAAGUACUGCCAUGAGGUGAAGGACAAAGCUGAGGCGCAGAAGGAGCUAAGUCAGGCCUGCAAAGACAUCGAGACGGUCCGGGAGGAGAGGGACGUGGCUCGGAAGGAGAGGACGGAAGCCAUCAUACAAAGGGACCAGUUGCUGCGGGAGUACUAUCAGGCUCGGCAGAAACAAGAUUCUGCCACCCUGGACAUGGAGCGAGCCAACAAAGAGAUCGAGGUGCUGAGGAAGCAGUAUGAGGCCAUGUCCCAGGAGCUGAAGGAGGCUGCGCAGGAGGCGGAGGUGGCCAAAUGUCGGCGAGACUGGGCCUUCCAGGAGCGAGACAAAAUAGUAGCAGAGAGGGAGAGCAUAAGGACUCUGUGCGAUAACCUGCGUCGGGAGAGGGACCGGGCGGUCAGCGACCUGGCCGAGGCCCUCAGGAAUCUCGAUGAUAUGAGAAAACAGAAGAACGACGCCUUAAGGGAGAUGAAGGAACUGAAGGAGAAAAUGGACAGUCAGCUUGAAAAGGAGGCGCGGUUCUGUCAGCUGAUGGCCCAUAGCUCUCACGACUCGGCCAUCGACACGGACUCGCUGGAGUGGGAGACGGAGGUGGUGGAGUUUGAGAAAGACAGGGACGACAUGGAUUUGAAGGCGCUUGGGUUUGAUAUUGCAGAGGGGGUAAAUGACCCGUAUUUACCAGGAGAUUGUGGAAUAUUUGUUACAAGGGUGGACAAAGGAAGUAUUGCAGAUGGAAGGUUGAGAGUGAACGACUGGUUGUUGAAGAUUAAUGACGUGGACCUGACCAACAAGGACAGGAAACAAGUGGUGAAGGCAGUUCUGAAUGGAGGGGGGUUGAUCAACAUGGUUGUACGAAGGAGGAAGUCUCUUGGAGGAAGGCUGGUGACGCCUGUGCACAUCAACCUCAUUGGACACAAAGACUGUGGCAUCGGUCUGGAGAAUGGCGUGUUUGUCGCUGCGAUAGUCCAGGGCAGUCCCGCAGCUAAGGAAGGUUCUCUCAGCGUUGGAGAUCGUCUGAUCGCAAUAAAUGGAAUAGCUCUGGAUAACAAAUCUGUGACGGAAUGUGAGGCCUUGUUGAGAAACUGCAGAGACUCUCUCAGCCUCUCGCUGAUGAAGUUCUUCCCGCACAGCACAUCUGGCCAGAACAUCUUUGAGAGUCUGCGUGAUUCAUCCGAGAAGUCCAACGCACGCUACCAUCUGUCCGAGAUCAACUCCCGCAACACACGCAACUUGAAACACAACAGCUCGACACAGACGGACAUCUAUUGUCCAGAUGUCGGAAGCAGCAGCGCAAAUAGCGUCUCUGGAGAGAGGCGGAAGGUCCGAGGUGGGUCUGACGAGAUGUUUGGAGACAGCAGCAAGCCGUUCUCCACCGGCUCCCUGCAUGCCACGGGUUUGCGACCGGCCUCCGAAUUAGGCUCCGGUCGCUACGGCCCCAGUGCGUUUCAGGAGUGCUGUCAAUACACCAAGCAGCCUUCUUCCUUGCCUUUCGAACCUCUCGCGCCCUCCGACUGCAUGGUGAUGGAAGCAGCGCAGGAGAGGAAGCACAGUGGAGGCACGUGGCCCAAGAUGAUUGUGGGAGGAAUGUCAGUCGCGGCAGAUACCGCCAGUCCGAUCACAGCAGCAGCUCAGCUCUCCAUUUACAAGUCGCCGAAGCAAAGGAAGUCUAUCUUCGACCCCGACACGUUUAAACGUCCCGAAACGCCUUCCUCGAAGAUGGAGUACAUGGCAGCCAAUCAGAUUGCAGCAGUGGCUGCCGCAGCGUCUCACUCUCCGCAGCCGUCAAAGACCGAAUCCCUCUCUUCCUCCUCCACUCCGACCCCGACUCCUCCCACACCUCCCACCCGCAGCGACUCUUUUAAGUUUAAACACAAACACCAGAGCAGCUCCGCCUCCGACUGCACCAUCACUUCGGACAGUAAAGGCGACGCUGUGGCCCCCAUGGUGGCGGUAGAGAGAAGCGAGAGAGAAAGGGACAGGAAUGGGAACCACUAUUUCCUCGACGGGAAGGUCCUGACUUCAAGAAAGUCAUGUGACGAGGACAUUGGCCGUACGAGAGGCGAGGAGCCGGAAGUCAAGAGGCCGAGACCUAAAUCGGCCCCGGCCUUACGGCGGAGGAUGACCCCACAAACGAUCACGCUCCCCUCCUUCCAGAGCUACUCCAACGACGAUCACUCCCCAGAACCCAGAGACAUGCUGCGCUCCUCCCCCAGUCGCUCCCACCGGCACAGUGUGGGCUUCGUUCCCACCGUUUACAACGGUACCCUACCGCCAAAUUCUGCUCACCGAGGUCUGGCUCCCUGCCCUGCCGUGACGGCAGUGAUGAGGAAUCCUGUGUACACGGUUCGCAGCCACCGCGUGCAUACCAGCAACUGUCCGUCCGUCGCCUCCAAGAUCUGUCACCAGCACACACACACUAGCCCACAACACCAGGGACGUCUGAGCCUGGACCUGAGCCAGCAGAAGCGCGCCGGCGACUUCUCCGAGUCGUCGUCGUCACGAAGCAGCCGAGCUUCACACGGUACAAACUCACUGCCCUCCAGUGCACGGCUCGGUUCAUCCAAUAAUGUCCAGUACCGCACCGAGAGGAUCAAAAUCCCCUCCACGCCACGCUACCCGCGCUCCAUGCUGGGCUCUGACAGAGGCUCCUUGUCACACUCGGAGUGCAGCAGUCCGAGUCUCAUCACUCCUCCACAGUCGCCACUCAAUCUGGAGACUUCCUCGUUUGCCAGCAGCCAAUCACAAGGCUCCAUUUCUCCUCUCCCCCGAAUCUCAGUCAGCCCGGUGCCAGUAGGAGAGCGCAGGAAGGACAGAUCGCUUUACCGUAACCGAUCUUUUCUAAGGCUUCCUCUGGCCGCCCGGCCGAGGUUCUCCUCUCUCAGGAGCCUCAGGCCGUAUUUAGAGGAGCCUCGCAACGUCAUUGUUCACAAAGGUGCAGAGCCGCUGGGAAUCUCUAUCGUCGGAGGAGAGAAUGGAGGGAUAUUUGUCUCGAAGGUGACUGGAGGAAGUAUAGCUCACCAGGCGGGGCUGGAGUACGGAGACCAGUUACUGGAGUUUAAUGGCAUCAACCUGAGGAAUGCCACGGAGCAGCAGGCUCGGCUCAUCAUUGGUCAGCAGUGCGACACCGUCACCAUCAUGGCCCAGUACAACCCACACAUGUACCAGCUGGGAAACCACUCUCGCUCCAGCUCACGGUUAGAGCCAGCUGGCACUCCCACCCCACAAGGAAGCGGCGCUGCCACACCCGACAAUCACUCCGCCAUCGACACUCUCAGCGAGCAGGACGAAGGGACCCUGACCCCGUCGUCCAAACAGACGACACCCACCACCAGCCCUCGCAGUUUUGUCAGAAUGCACUCCUCUGAUGGCAAGAAGAAGGUGAGCGAGACUCGCCUGGUGACUGUGCGCCGACCCGGGGUCGAGGUAGGGGUCACGCUGUGCGGUGGGAACCUGCGGGGUGUCUACAUUGAGAGCUUGGAUGAAGACAGUCCUGCCAGGGGAGCUGACGGCCUGCUUCCUGGGGACCUCAUCCUGGAGUACAACACCGUGAGCAUGAAGAAUAAAACAGCAGAGGAGGUUUACGUUGAAAUGCUGAAGCCCGCUGAGACCGUCACGAUCAAAGUGCAGCACCGACCGGACGACUUCUGCCUGAUCAAAGAUGUUCCAGGGGACGGCUUUUACGUGAGAGCACUUUAUGACAGAGUAGGAGAAGCAGAAGGAGACCUCAGUUUUAAGAAGGACGACAUCCUUUAUGUGGACGAGUCCUUACCAAAAGGCAGUUUUGGAACCUGGAUGGCGUGGCAGCUGGACGAGAACGCUCAGCAGAUCCAGAGAGGGCAGAUUCCCAGCAAGUACAUGAUGGACCAAGAAUUUUACCGACGUCACAGUGUGACAGAAAUGAAGGAAGAUUCCGGUAAGACUCUCUCUGCGGCAGCCCGUCGGUCCUUCUUCAGGAGGAAGCAGAAACACAAGCGCAGCAGCUCCAAAGACAGCAAAGAGACAGUGGCUCUGGACACCAUCAGCACCGACUCCAUCCCGUUCCUGGAAGACUGCAUUAGCCUGGCGUACCAGCGGGUCCAGAAAGUGGAGUGCACUUUUCCUCGACCCGUACUCGUCCUCGGCCCACUCACAGACCCUGUCAAGGAGAUGCUGGUCAAGGAGUCGCCGGGGAAGUUUUGCAGAUGCGUGAUCGAAGUGAUGAAGGCGUCCCAGCAGGCCAUCGAGCGUGGAGUGAAAGAUUGCCUCUUCAUCGACUACAAACGCAGGAGCGGCCAUUUUGAUGUCACUACAGUAGCUUCGAUAAAAGAAACGACUGAGAAGGGUUGUCAUUGCUUGCUGGACAUUGCACCGUACGCCAUCGAGAGGCUCCACAGCGUCCACAUUUAUCCCAUUGUUGUCUUCGUCCGCUACAAAAACGCCAAGCAGAUCAAGGAGCAGAAGGAUCCAGUCUACCUGAAGGACAAAGUAUCCCAGAAACAUUCCAAGGAGCAGUAUGAAAGCGCGCUGAAGAUCGAGCAAGACUACAGCAAGUUUUUCACAGGUAUUGUCCAAGGCGGCACCCUUUCUUACAUUUGCACUCAGAUCACCACUAUAGUUGAUCAAGAACAAAGUAAAGUCCUGUGGACUCCACUCGGCUGCCCCUAGAGGAGACAGCGAGCCACUACAGCAAGACGUGGAUCUCAGCUCCACUCCACACACUAACCCGCUCACACUCGACUCUGAGGUACCCUACAGUGUGUCAAAGUUUGUGUAAAUUAUUGAUAUUUUUUUAAGAUCAUGUGUUUCAGUAUGACUUCUCGUCACUAGUUGAACUACGAGGCAGGACUGAAUAUCAACGUUUUAAGUUAAUGGAGUCAGUCUUCCCGCAGAAUUUCAGGUGUCGUACUUGUAUUGAUUCAGUGCAGGUGUUUGUUUACAGUAAAAAUACAAGAAUCGUUUUUGGAUCUUCGCAACCCAUCUUUCAGUGGAAGACAUUUGUGGUUUCCCUCCAAUUAUGCACCUGCGCAAGGACGACUGAAUACUUGUGUCAAAGUGGUCACAAUUGUAGCUUUGAUGGAGUCUUCACGUGAGCAUCACAGGUGGCGGUCGGUGUGUGCACCAGCGGCAAGAGGAGGCUGUCUGGGCCGUAAAAGAGGGUGCGCUCACCGGCCACUGGCGCCUCUGGCGUUCACCGCACAUCCAAAACAUGUAGCCGUGGUCGCUCUGAAGCAGCGACAACCACGAAAUCUCGCCAAUGUCUCCUCUAUGCAUUGUGUUUGUGUUGUGUGUGUGGAACGUUCUUUGGGCCUUUCGGGAAGUGCCUUCGGAGAAGAAGCCUGGUGCGAGCUCACUCCCCGCCGCAGCGUUUUGUUUCCGUUACCCAAAGUGUCAUCGCUUGGUGAACCGACGUGGGAGGGUUUGGAACCAGCACACCAGAGAGCUCACAAGUUUAUGAUCGGCCAAAGCGGCAUCCAACGGGUCAACUCUUCAGAAUGCACUCCAGGGCUAGACAGACCACUGUGUAACUCUCAUUCUCUUUAACUUGUAUUUAACACUAUAGAGUAUAUCAUAUACAGUAUGCAGAUACACCAGAACACAUAUAUAAAUAUAUAUAUAUAAAAAAAACAUAAAUAUAUAUUACAUGUAUUUUUACUAGGUGGUUUACCUAGGAGUGUCCGGAGGUCUUUAGCAGGUAUAAACAUAUUUUACUUUUUACCUUGUGGUCAGUUGUCGGUCACUAAUCUCUGCAGGAAUUUUGGCGAACUGAUGGUGAACUAAAAUGAAUAUUCUAAUCUCAGAAUGCAUUUUCACUUUGCUUUGCGUACAGAUACAUUUAGAUUUUUUUUAUUGAAAUUUUCCAGUUUGACAAAGUGCUGUCAUGAUCGGACAAUUUUACAAUGAUUUAAAAAAAACAAAAACAAAAACAAAAAAAUAGAGUGGUCCACAUCAGUAAAUUGUACAGUAUACAGGUGUUCGAAAGAGAAACAAAAAGAGAAAAUGUAAUACAACAACACCUAACAGAGAAUAAAAUAAAACCCUCCAUUCAUUACCACAACGGUAAGUGCCAUUUAUCAAAAUGUAUUUUUAAUAAUUAUUCUCCAUGUGGCCUCCGAGCUUUUUAUUCACCUGAAUCUGAAUUGGCUGUAGUUGUUUUUAUUGAGGAAUUUAGCAUUUCUGAUUUGAAAACAAAGCCUCAAAGUGUAGAAUAUACUUGAUAUUGUUUCAAAACUAUGAGCCUCAUGUUUACAGCAGUUAUCACACUGUCAGCUAAAACACUCAAGAACUGAGGUCAUUGAAGAAAAAACAGAAUGGUAGAGCUGGCAGUUCGAGCAGUAUUUGGAACGUAAUUGCUCCUACAUUGCUACUACACUCCCUACAACUCAGUGACUGCUGUUUCUGUCUCAAUAUUUUUUUUUUAAUAUCACUUAAUAUUUUCAUGAUUAAAUGUUUUUCCUGACCGUUUAAAAACACACAGUGCACAACUUAAAAUUAAGCUCUUGGAUUUUGACUCUGAAGUAUAUUGACUGAGCAUAUCAUACUUGGACAGUUUCCUUCAUGUGUACAUUGAUACACCUUUCCAAUAGAGCUUUGCUGACCCUGAAGUUUGUCACAUUUGGGUCUCUAUAAGAGCAAAUGUUGUGAUUAAGAACCAGAAUAUUCACAACUGGUGACAAUUUCUUCCUGUAUUUGAGGUUUGAAAAUCCGUUUUUGUUCACCAUCAGUGUCCAGAGUGGCUCGCCAUUCUUCUGUGUUUGUCAUGACACUACAUGAAGCAAAUGAACAGGGUGAAUUUCUUCUCGUCUGUUUCAACAUUCUUGUUUUAUUGUUAUUUAAUCCAUUUUUGUACCAGAAGAAAAAGUAUUUCCGACUGUUCCUUUAACCGCGUCCCGUAUAGUAUCGUGCCAAACCCCCCUGAGGUGAUGAUUCUUUUUUUGUUUGUUUUUUUUAAACUUCUGUUUUGCACUUGUUGAGCUGUGAACCUUAAAUGUGUAACUGUUCCCUGGUUUCCAACAUCAAGGUACUUUAAUAUCUACUGUAACUAAUUCAUUCUGCUAUGUUUGUAUGUAUCACAUGAGUUCCUUACAUUUCAUUUAGAGCCUUUUUUAUGCUAUAUAUUUAUGUAUAUGCUUAAAAAAAGAGGCUCGCCUGUAUGAAUAAUUAAAAAGGGAUCUAUUCUUGCACAUCUUUUUAAAUGAACUUCGGUCCUGAAGUUUGACUUGUUGGACCGCGAGUGUAAAGAGAGAGGGUUUUUUUUUUUGUUUUUUUUGUUUUUCCUGAGUCGGCGGAGACAGGAAGAUGGUUGUACGUUUUGAAAGUGCCAGGUACUGAUAGAUCAUUUCUUUUGUCAGAAGAAUGUGAUUUGUAUGUCAACAUUAACCUGAGAAUUAAAGUCGUUUUCUCGA